GACUUGAUUGACCUCGGCUUGACCCGAGCAGAGUCGAGUCACCCUUGGCAACAAUCUUUGUGCUAAUGGAACCUCACAAAAACAAUCAGCAACAAAACAACAACAAAAAGCAAUUCAACAAACAAUUACCAUGACAACCACAAGGAUCAUCACAGCAACAAAGGCCAAUGCCAGCCAAAAGCUGGGACUGAAGCUCAACCACCAACAUAAUGGAGCCUACUUGGUCAAGGCCAUCGAGGCUGGUAUCUUGCACGGAUCAGGGCUCCAACCAGGACAAGAGGUCUUGGCCAUCAAUGGAACAGCAGUCAAGGGAUUGGAUGCUGAUACAGUGUUAACUUUGCUCACAUCAGCUGUAGGACAGAUUACCAUCCAAGUAAUGGAACAGCAACCUGCCAGCCCUCCAGUGCAAAGAAGCUGUGGCAUCCAUUGUGCACUUGGCAAAACCCUGGCACAAAUGGGGUCAGAGCAAUACAGGUCAGUACCAAGAAUGCUUCAAGACGCGGGUGUCAGUGAACAGAAAUGGAAGCGAGUCUUGGACGCAUUUGCCAAGGAUCUCGUGCCAGCACUGAACGAUGCAUUGGCCAUGGAUGCAGUCUUUUACUCCGAAAUGGAACGAUAUGUGGGUGCCCAAAUGGAGAAGGGUUACAUCGGAUGGGGACAAGAGAGCCAACAUGAGAGAAAAGUGUACAUGAUGACACAGCAAUCCGCAAUCCAACGUGACAAUGUGGCAAUGGUGGCCAACAAUGUGCUGGCAAAAGCAAAUGCCUUGUUGAACAUGCAUGGGAUUAUGGCACAACUGGACUUUAAGAAAAGGUCACUGCCCCAGUUCUCCCGCAAGCAGCAAGUACUAAACAUGGCCUUGAUCCCCUAUGGCAUUACCUUUACUCAAAUCUGAGGAAGAAAAGAAUCUGAAACAAGAUUGUAAAUAAUCUGGGCUGUGCUAGCGUUUAUUAAACCAACUUGAAUCCCG